AUGGUAUCUAUGUUACCUAGAGAAUAUGAUCAGGUAAUAGAGGUCGAAGAGACCGAAGAAAUAGACAAAGCAGAAAUGGAUAAACACAGACGAAUGUGCUAUUAUGUGAUGAAUAACAGCUGUAUUGAAGAGCAAAAUAUGUUUUUCGAAAGGCCGAAUGAAGGAAUGAAAAACCAUCUAAAACCUUUAUUUGUCAGAGGCAAAGUGGAAAAUGCUGGAGUCAACAAGAUUCUAGGAGAUGGCGGCGCGACAUCUACCUUAAUGUCGCAGUUCAUGUUAAGGAGGAUUGGUAAAUUCAACACUGGCCUAAGACCACAUAAUAUGGUUUUAUCGAAUUAUGAAGGCAAAAUUGGCCAUACUCUGGGAGUGAUUCAGGUUGACCUAAUAGUUGGGUCUUUUACAAGGCCAACUAUGUUCAUGGUCAUAACAUCCAGGGUCUAUUACAAUCUACUUUUGGGUCAUGAGUGGAUUCAUGGGAUAAGAGCAGUGCCAUCUUCGCUCCAUCAAUGGAUUUAG